CCAAGUCUACUUUUCUACUACUCCAGCCCAAACCCCACACCCAUUUUUAUUGCCUCUAACGGCUCAUCCAAAAUUUCAAAUUCAAAAUCCCACCUCUCCUGUUUCUCCUUCUAUGCAAAUUUUGUGUGGGAUCUUCUCUCCCUCUGUUUUCUUCAAUGGCAACGUCAAACACCUAUAUCGCAACAACCACCCCUUCGAAAACUCCCAUGGAGAAAUCUAAGAGGCACCACCAUCAACAAGAUUCCUCGUCUUCGUCCCGUUUCGAGGCAUACAAUCGGCUGCAGGCAGCGGCGGUGGCCUUCGGUGAGAAGCUCCCUAUCCCUGAGAUCGUCGCCCUUGGUGGUCAAUCUGACGGCAAGAGCUCCCUCCUGGAGGCUCUCCUUGGGUUCCGCUUUAAUGUUCGGGAGGUCGAAAUGGGUACUCGUAGACCCCUCGUUCUCCAGAUGGUCCAUGAUCCUACUGCUCUAGAGCCUCGUUGCCGUUUUCAGGAAGAAGAUUCAGAGGAAUAUGGAAGUCCUGUGGUAUUGGCUUCUGCAAUUGCGGAUAUUAUAAAGUCAAGGACCGAGGCACUUUUGAAAAAGACUAAAACUGCAGUUUCUUCAAAGCCAAUUGUAAUGAGGGCUGAGUAUGCACAUUGCCCUAAUCUCACCAUUAUUGACACCCCAGGUUUUGUUCUUAAGGCAAAGAAGGGAGAACCAGAGAACACACCUGAUGAAAUUCUUUCCAUGGUGAAGUCACUAGCUAGUCCUCCCCAUCGGAUUCUUUUGUUCCUUCAACAGAGCAGUGUUGAAUGGUGCUCAUCGUUGUGGUUGGAUGCCAUUCGGGAAAUUGAUCCAACCUUUAGAAGGACAGUAAUUGUAGUCUCCAAGUUUGAUAAUAGGCUCAAGGAAUUUAGCGACCGAUGGGAAGUGGAUCGUUAUUUGAGUGCAAGUGGAUACCUUGGAGAAAACACACGUCCAUUUUUUGUUGCAUUGCCCAAGGAUAGGAGCACCAUCUCGAAUGAUGAAUUCCGCGGGCAAAUAUCUCAGGUGGAUGCGGAAGUUUUACGUCAUCUACGUGAGGGGGUCAAGGGAGGAUUUGAUGAAGAGAAAUUCAGACCUUAUAUUGGUUUUAGCUCUUUGAGGGAGUAUUUGGAGUCAGAGCUUCAAAGGAGAUACAAAGAAGCAGCUCCUGCAACUCUAGCAUUGCUUGAGCAGCGGUGCUCUGAAGUUGCCACUGAGCUGGCAAGAAUGGACUCCAAGAUACAGGCUACCUCAGAUGUGGCACAUCUUCGAAGAUCAGCUAUGUUGCACGCAGCUUCACUUAGCAAUCAUGUGGGAGCUUUGAUUGACGGAGCAGCAGACCCUGCACCAGAGCAGUGGGGAAAAACAACUGCAGAAGAACAAUCAGAAAGCGGAAUUGGCAGCUGGCCAGGUGUUAGUGUAGUUAUUAAACCACCUAAUGCUACUCUUCGGCUCUAUGGAGGUGCUGCUUUUGAGAGGGUAAUGCAUGAAUUUCGCUGUGCUGCAUAUUCCAUUGAAUGUCCCCCAGUGUCAAGGGAGAAGGUUGCAAAUAUAUUACUUGCUCAUGCUGGCCGAGGUGGGUGUAGAGGAGCAACAGAGGCUGCUGCUGAGAUUGCACGUACUGCUGCACGGUCAUGGCUUGCUCCUCUGCUUGAUACUGCUUGUGAUCGGCUUGCAUUUGUUUUAGGGAACCUCUUUGACAUUGCUCUAGAACGGAACCAGAUUCGUGACUCAGAAUGUGGGAACAAAACUGGAAACAUGGAUGGGUAUAUUGGUUUCCAUGCUGGUUUAAGGCAUGCUUACAAUCGCUUUGUGAAGGACCUGGCCAAACAGUGCAAGCAACUAGUUCGGCAUCAUCUUGAUUCAGUUACAAGCCCAUACUCACAAGUUUGUUAUGAGAAUGACUUUCUUGGAGGCUUUGGCUCAAGUGUGUCCUCUUAUAACAAAUUUAACCAAGUCUCAGUGGCUUCUUUUUGUCUUGAGCUAUCAGCUGGUGGAGCAGCAUCCUGUGAUGAAACAAUGAGAGAUCAGGAGAAUAUACCCCCUGAACAGAAUGCAAAGCAGACAACCCCAGCAAAAGAAACUGAAGCCAAAGCAGCUCUUCGGGAAAGCCAAAUGACUGUGCCUGAGACCCCAUCUCCAGACCAGCCAUGUGACGUAGUAUAUGCUGGAGCCAAAAAGGAGCAUGUAAAUUGCAAUGAAAUGGGACCAAGAAAACGGAUAACAAGAAUGACAGGCAACAGAAACACUGAACAUUUAAGACUUCAAAAUGGUGGUACACUUCUAUUUGGAAAUGGUGAUAGUGGUUCAAGAUCAGGUUCAGCUUACAUGGAAAUCUGCUCAUUGGCAGCACAGCAUUUUGCAAGGAUACGAGAGGUUCUUGUUGAACGAAGUGUGACAUCAACUCUAAACUCUGGAUUUUUGACCCCAUGCCGGGACAGACUAGUAGUGGCACUUGGACUAGAUUUGUUCGGUGUGAAUGAUGAGAAAUUCAUGGACAUGUUUGUCGCCCCUGGUGCCAUCGAUGUGUUGCAGAAUGAACGACAAUCCUUACAAAAACGUCAGAAGAUACUUCAGUCUUGCUUAAACGAGUUCAAGAGUGUUGCUCGAGUACUUUGAUUCCAAAAACAGUGAUACGAAAAAUCUCCAAUAAAGGGAAGAUCCAUCAAAUACUUCACAUCCUGUGAACAGACUAGAUCUUUAUUCUUGUAAUUGAUAUAGUAAUGAUUUCCUCCAUUGUUGAGAGUGCAUGGACCAUGUCCCUUGUAAUGCUUCAUUUCUAAAAUGAGCCCCAUAUCAUCACAACAAACAAAUGGCUUGUCAUAUUGUCCAUUAUUUUUUCUUGAAAGAAUGGGAAGAUGCAUUUGCAAGGUGUGGAUUUGAC